CUAAAGUUGGAGCAGCUUGCUCUUUCUCGGCCGCUUCUUUCCUGAAAAAUCUAGCCAGUUCACGGCGAUUCCUGCAUCGUUGAUAGCUGACACGAGACUCAUCACGGUCCAUACAACAUCUAAAACGAUUCUCGCACACACAAACACACAGGUUCAUGUUAGGAGAGAGGCCUCUCUAUCAUUAUAUAUAUGUGGAUACUGCACUUGGGUCUCCCCACCUUGACAUGAUCUUCUAGCCGUCAAUUGCACUCCCUUUCCUCUUCGUGGUUAGUUCCUUCUCCCUCGUUCAUCUCGAUCGGUUUUGGCACAACCUUGGAAAAAAUCUCGAACUCGUCACACCAAAUUCUUAGACCCUCAUGGCACCACAUGGAGAGGCUAUCGUCAGCUCUUACUCCAAGUCUGUCGGCAAGGCAUUGGGCGCCUUCUCCAAGCCAUCAAGGCUGUCGACCGACAACCUCCACCGGACCAAGUCAGACAUGAUGUUCGAGCUGAUGAAAGAGGAGGUGGCCGCCCCCCUCCCGCUGAUAUCAGAGGUCGAGGAUGCCAAGUGCGAGUGCUGCGGCAUGAGCGAGGAGUGCACCCCAGAGUACAUCGAGCGGGUGCGCAAGAGGUUCUCGGGGAGGUGGAUAUGCGGGCUGUGCGCCGAGGCAGUGAAGGAGGAGGUGGAGAAGAAUGGCGGGAGGAGGGACGAGGCGCUGGCCACGCACAUGAGCGCGUGCGCCAAGUUCAAGAAGAUCCGGGCGCACCCCGCGUUGUUCCAGGCCAGCGCCAUGAGGGAGAUCUUGAAGAAGAGCACCGCGAGGACUAAGUCUCUAAGCCCUAGAGACGGGGAAGGACACAAGAGAGUCGGCACGAUCGCGAGGAGCUCAAGCUGCAUUCCCGCCAUCACCAAGGACUUGAAUGACCUUAAUCUUGCCAACUGAAUUCAUUUCCGAGGAAGAAGAACCGCUGUCUAGCCACACAGAUUUGGAUUUUCGGUGUACAUGGUUUCAUAUUUCAUCAACCAUGUGCACCAUUUUAUUAGGGUUUUGCGUUUAAGCUAACAGGUUCAGUCCUUGUGUAUCGGAUUGAACCCUACUUAAUAUGACAACUUGAUGGACGAGCCUUUUGUUGUUUACCUUCCAAGUGAAGGUUUUUUUUCUCUUUAGGUUGUUGUCCUUGUUGAGUUAUCAACCUUCGACGAGUCAAAAUUAGGGCAGAUCUUUGAUGGGGCUUUAAGGUUGCAGAUGUGCCUUUUUUUUCCCCAUCUAGGAUAAGUGGAACAGAUUUCGAUCUUUAUUUUGGAUUAGCCCUCUUGGUUUGAUUAGGAGCUGGUUGUGUAUCUGGUUAUUCA